AUGCGUAUCACCUCCUUCCUCGUGGCUACCCUAGCCACUCUCGUCACGGCUGCCGAGCAGUCGACUCAGUCAACUACUCACCGUCCCUACCUCGGUGCCGGAUUCUCGUGGGCUUCCCGAGUCCCCAACUACCAGAGCACCGCCGCCAGCGUUGCCGGUAUCACCUCCCACCUCACGACAUAUGAGAUCUCCUGCUUGACCAAUGCCCCCAAGUCUGUCUGUAACAUCGAGACUCCCUGGACCCUCAUCCAGGGCUCCACCACCUUCAGCUUCACUGGAAAAUACACCGCGUCGACCACCGCCAGCGUAGGCACCGUAACUGUCGAUCGUGAAUUUGACUGCUCCUUCACCAGCACCAGCAGGUCUGCUUCUUGCUCGUUCGAAUACCACAUCACUGGCUCUCACAAUGGUGCUUCAUACUCCACCUCCACCUCAUCUUCCACCUCCAGUCUUCCUACCGAGUCGAUGAAGUACUCCUCUCUUCUCAUCACCGGUGGCAUUGCCAAGAUCACCAGCGCUCAGUCAACUUCGACUACCGGUGCUGCUAACCCGACUGCCAAGGCUAUGAUCACCGGGGCACCCAUGGGAGCUGCGGCGGCGGUUGCCAUUGCUGCCAUGCUGUAG